GCCAAGCCCAGGCUGCCAAUCAAAUCCGCUCGUGGCAGCCGGCAUUAUCUCUGCUACAAACUAUUGACAGAUUACAUGUCAAGGAGUUUAGUACAUGAUUGAAGGAAGCUUUUAUUUUUUUUUUAAGAGUGUGUGUGUAGUAAUUUUACUUUUGGUUUCUCCCGAACCUGCUUACUUCUGAUGAUUUUCAAACAGAGUCAAGAAAUAUUAUGAAAGUUACAUGCCUGAGAGGAUUUAACUUCGACUUCCCUGAAUAUGCUGAAAGGACUUUAUGCACUGAAAAGACCUCAGGAAACCCCAACAUGGCCGCCAAAAGGAAAGGUGGCCUAAAACUCAAUGCUAUCUGUGCCAAGCUGAGCCGGCAGGUGGUGACCGGCGAGUGCGGCUCCCAGAACGCAGACGGCGACGCGAGCCUAGCGGACAACAGCGAGCGCGGCAGCUCGCACUACGAUGAGAGCGACCGGCCCGACGUCGACCUCCUGCCCGAGGGCCUGACCCUGAACCAGAGCCUGGAGGAGGACCAGCGGCGGCGAGAGGCCAUCGAGAAGUGGGUGAACGGCGAAUACGGCGACGAGUCGUUCGACGGCGGCAGCGGCAGCGGCGGUCCCGGGCCUGGCGGAGCCGAGGGGCCGAGGGGGGCCAGGGCCAACAACGGCGGCGAAGACGGACCCCCAGAGGGCGUGUACAUGGUCCAGCCCAAGGGCUGCAGCGACGACGAGGACAAUGGCGACGAGCCCGACGCCCUGCACGAUGACGGCAGUUUCCACGACGACCGCGACUCAGAGGACGGUCCGCACAAGGAGGACAGCUACGCGUCCUCGGGCGAGGUGGUCAACCGCCAACCGCCAUUCACCUCUCCAGUGGGGGAGGCCUCGGCCCUCCGUGACUAUGCAGCCAACACCAUGAACGAGUUGCUGAACAUGUUCGGCUACGACGACCAGCAGAUGCGCGAGGAGCUGGCCAAGAAGAUCAGCUUCGAGAAGCUGAAAGCCGCUACCUCAGACGCCUCCUCCCUGAGCAGCGAGGAGGCCUCGCGCCGCGCCCGCUUCUCCAAGUACGAGGAGUACAUCCGCAAGCUGAAGGCCGGCGAGACGCUGCCCUGGACCACGCACUCGCCCAAGCCCGACGAGCUCCACCCCAAGCUGGGCCAGGAGAAGCCCUCGCCGUGCCCGCCGACGUCCGCCUCCCUGCUGGCCCCGUCGCCCGGCUGCCUCCCGGGCGCCGAGCCCCAGAUGUACCCGGCGGGCGUCAUGGACCCCAAGCAGACCCCGCUGGCGGCGGCGGUGGCGGCGGCAGCAGCGGCGGCCGCCGGACAGCAGCAGACCCCCGGCGGCGGCGGCGGACCACCCGGGCACGUCCACCCGGGCACGCCCUCGCGGGCCUCCAAGUACGACUUCUUCAUCCAGAAGCUGAAGAUGGGCGAGAGCCUGCGCCAGCAGAACGGCAGCGGGGGCCCAGGCGGGGGCGCGGGCGGCAGCAGCGGCGGCGGCGGCGGCGGCUACAAGCGGCCCUCCAAGUACGACCUGGAGAACGUCAAGUUCCUGCACCUGUUCAAGCCCGGCGAGGGCAGCCCCGACAUGGGCGGCGCCAUCGCCUUCAAGACGGGCAAGGUGGGCCGCCCGUCCAAGUACGACAUCCGCAACAUCCCCAAGCUCAUCCCGGGCAAGGAGGGUCCGCCGCUCAUGCCCAGCGUGCUCUCGGCCACUCCGGGCACCCCCGGCACCCCGCUCGUCCCCACGGCACCGGCCGCCUCGGUGGGGGGCGUCGGCCCCACGGGCCUCCCCGGAGACCAGGCGGCCCACCUGGGCUUCAACACGGCCGCCGACUACCUGAAGUCCAGCUUCUCCAAGACCGACUCCAUCACCACUGGAACCAUGUCCUCUGUCAAGAAUGGGCUGCCACCGGAGAAACCCGUCACCGAGGACGUCAACGUCUACCAGAAGUACAUCGCCAGAAGCUGGGAAAAUCAACAGAAGCUCCCACUACACCCCGAGCCUUUUACUACACCAGCAUCUUUUAAAAGGUUUUCUGGAAGUCAGCACUGCGGACACGUGCACUGUGCCUACCAGUACCGUGAGCACUACCACUGCAUGGACCCAGAGUGCAACUACCAGAGAUUCACCAGUAAGCAGGACGUGAUCAGGCACUACAACAUGCACAAGAAGCGGGACAACUCCCUGCAGCACGGCUUCAUGCGCUUCAGCCCUCUAGAUGACUGCAGCGUCUAUUACCACGGCUGCCACCUCAACGGCAAGAGCACCCACUAUCACUGCAUGCAGGUGGGCUGCAACAAGGUCUACACCAGCACCUCUGACGUGAUGACCCACGAGAACUUCCACAAGAAGAACGCACAGCUGAUCAACGAUGGCUUCCAAAGGUUCCGUGCCACAGAGGACUGUGGGACAGUGUCCUGUCAGUUUUAUGGCCAGAAGACCACUCAUUUCCACUGCAGGCGCCCCGGCUGCACCUUCACCUUCAAGAACAAGUGUGACAUCGAGAAGCACAAGAGCUAUCACAUCAAGGACGACGCCUACGCCAAGGACGGCUUCAAGAAGUUCUACAAGUACGAGGAGUGCAAGUACGAGGGCUGCGUCUACAGCAAGGCCACCAACCACUUCCACUGCAUCCGCUCGGGCUGCGGCUUCACCUUCACCUCCACCAGCCAGAUGACCUCGCACAAGCGCAAGCACGAGCGCCGCCACAUCCGCUCGGGCGGCAUGCUGGGCCUGGGCGCCGGCGGCCAGUCCGCCUUCCUGCUGCCCAAGGAGGAGCAGGAGGAGUCCAGCAACGACGACCUCAUGGACUUCUCGGCCAUCAGCAGCAAGAACUCCAGCCUGAGCGCCUCGCCGACCGCCCAGCAGCAGCAGCAGGGCUCGUCGGCGUCGGGCAUCCUCGGCGUCGGGCACUCGCUGAUGCCGCCGGCCACCAGCAACUCGGCGGCGGCGGUGUCGGGCGCGCUCUCCUGCGCCCUCUCGGGCGUGCUGUCGGCCGGCGGGCUGGUCAAGUCCACCGCCUCGCUGCCGCCGGCCAGCCGCAUGUCCAGCCUGCUGUCGCAGGCGCUGCCCAGCAACAUGCCGGUGGCGCUGGCGCUGUCCAACCCGGCGCUGGCCGGCGCCAACCCCUUCUUCCCGCUCAUGCCGCGCCUGCCGCUGCAGCUGCCGCCCUCGGCCGCCUCGGGCCUCAUCGCCGCCGCCGCCGCCGCCGCCAGCUCGGGCGCCCACGGCCUGGUCAGCGACUCGCUGGCCCAGAGCGUCGCCAACAUGGGGGUGGACGGGAGCAGCGGCGGGUGCGGAGCCUCCACCCCCACCUCCUCCUACACCACCGCCUCCAUCAUGGAGAAGAUCUCGGCCAGCAAGGGCCUCAUCUCGCCCAUGAUGGCCCGCCUGGCCGCGGCCGCCCUCAAGCCCGCAGGCAACCUGGACGCAGGGAAUGGGCUGCCUGCCGCUGCCAACCAGUUCAAUCUGGUUCAUGUGAAGCAGGAGCCCGUGGACGGAGCCUCAGGGGCCUCCCAGGACUCCGUGCAGGAGCACAGCCUGGACCUGAGUAAGAAAGACCACAGGUACGGCCCGUGGCCGGUUGCACAUAAUGAAUCAAAUGGACACCCUGCACCGGCAAAUACAUCUCUUUUAUCCUCACUUAUGAAUAAGAUGGUCAACCCGGGCUUCUUCAGCGCCCUGAACCUGAAGACGGAGCUCGAGAACAACCAGGGGGCGGACACCUCGGAGGUGGGCCAGUACCUGAGCCGCGUGAUGGGCCGACCCAUGCAAGAGAAGCCCGUGGAGCUGUGGAGGACCUACCUGCGCAGGUUUGACACCGAUGAUUUCUGUGAAGCUCAGUGUGACUUCUUACACAAAGUUCACUUCCACUGCCUGGUCGAAGACUGUGGAGCUCUCUUUAGCACAGUGGACGGAGCUGUUAAACACGCUAACUUUCACUUCAGAGCCAACCUGAAGGUGAAGUCCGAGUCCCCGUACAGUGAUGGGAAGGAAGCCUCGGAGGGGCAUCAGAGCCAGCUGGCCACCUCCAUCUCCAUGGCCAACACUCCCCCCAUGGACGUCCCAAGCCUGGCCACCUCGGGCGGGUACAGCGCGGCCGCGCCCUCCCUGCUGGCCUGGAAGCACCUGACGGGCUCCAUCCCCCAGCUGCCCGCCUCCAUGCCCAACCUGCCCGCCUCCUCCCCCCUGGCCACCACCUCGCUGGAGAACGCCAAGCCUCAGGUCAAGCCUGGAUUCCUGCAGUUCCAGGACAAUGACCCUUGCCUCGCGACGGACUGCAAGUACUCCAACAAGUUCCACUUCCACUGUCUGUUUGGGAACUGCAAGUAUGUGUGCAAGACCUCUGGGAAGGCAGAGUCCCACUGCUUGGACCACAUCAACCCCAACAACAACCUGAUCAACGUGCGCGAUCAGUUCUCCUACUACUCGCUGCAGUGUCUCUGUCCAAAUCAGCACUGCGAGUUCCGCAUGAGAGGUCACUACCACUGUCUGCGCCCCGGCUGCUUCUUCGUCACCAACAUCACCACCAAGCUGCCCUGGCACGUCAAGAAGCACGAGAAGGCCGAGCGGCGGGCGGCCAACGGCUUCAAGUACUUCACCAAGAGAGAAGAGUGUGGCAGGCUAGGCUGCAAGUAUAACCAGGUGAACAGCCAUUUCCACUGCAUCCGCGAGGGCUGCCAGUUCUCUUUCCUGCUCAAGCACCAGAUGACCUCGCACGCGCGCAAGCACAUGAGAAGGAUGCUGGGAAAGAACUUUGACCGGGUUCCCUCCCAGAUGAUGCCCCUUGCCCAGCGUCCGGAGGAGCUCCAGCAGAUGGCCAGCAUGGCCGCGGGGGCCAUGGGCGGCGGCCAGCCAGGCCUGACCGCCGGCUUCUCCAGCAUGAUGGACGACGGCGACGACUACAUGGACUACAUGGGGGCGGGAAGCCCGCUGGGGCUCUCCUCCGAGUCCUCCAAUCAGGACCGCAGCUGCACCAGCACCCCCGUGGGCAACGAGAGUUCGCCGGCAGGACCAGGCUGCCAGGGUGGUGCACCUCCUGCCUCCGCCGGCCCAGCCGACACUCCCGCUCCCCCACACGCCCCCCAGCCACCUCCACCUCCUCCACUUCCUCUUCCUCCGCCACCUCCUCCACCGCCCUCUCAGGCGUCGGCUCAGGCGCCGCUCCAGUCCCCGGCGCUCUCGUCCUACCCUCCGGCCCUGCUGCGGCCGCCCCUCCCCUCUCUCCCAUACCUGCUGUCUCCAUCCUGUCUGUCCUACUCUCUGCUCAGCGCCUCUCUCGGAGCCACUCGGAGCGUUGUCAUGCCAACCAACACGCCAGCUUUCAGCCCCAUCAUUGCCACUCCGUCUCCGGUUAAAAAUGACGUCCCUAUAGUGCAGGACGCUGCAGGCAACACCAUCUCCAUCCCCACGGCGACGGGCGCCAAGAAGCGCUUCUGGAUCAUCGAGGACAUGUCGCCCUACGGCAAGCGCCGCAAGACGGCCUCCUCGCGCAAGAUGCUGGACGAGGGCAUGAUGCUGGAGGGCUUCCGGCGCUACGACCUCUACGAGGACUGCAAGGACGCCGGCUGCCAGUUCUCGCUCAAGGUCACGCACUACCACUGCACGCGCGAGAACUGCGGCUACAAGUUCUGCGGCCGCACGCACAUGUACAAGCACGCGCAGCACCACGACCGCGUGGACAACCUGGUGCUGGACGACUUCAAGCGCUUCAAGUCCUCGCUCAGCUGCCACUUCGCCGACUGCCAGUUCUCGGGCAACAGCACGCACUUCCACUGCCUGCGCUGCGGCUUCCGCUGCACCGACAGCACCAAGGUGACGGCGCACCGCAAGCACCACGGCAAGCAGGACGUCAUCAGCGCCGCCGGCUUCUGCCAGUUCAGCUCCAGCGUGGACUGCGCGGUGGCCGACUGCAAGUACAAGCUCAAGUGCUCGCACUUCCACUGCACGUACCCCGAGUGCAAGCACACGGUGGUAGGCAUGUCGCAGAUGGACUCGCACAAGCGCAAGCACGAGAAGCAGGAGCGCGGCGAGAUGCCCGCCUCCGCCGCCACCUCCUCCUCCUCGCCCAGCCGCGACCAGGCCGGACACCAGGCCGGAGGAGCUGGUGGUGGCGGAGGAGGAGGGAUGGGAGGGCUGGUGGCCCAGGUGCCCGUCGGCAUGCACUCCAUGUCUCCAGGGGUGCCCGGGCUGGGCCACCACGGCCCCGGGGGCGGCAUCUAUCUGCCCUCGGCAGCAGCGGCCAGCGAGUACGAGCAGCAGCACCACCACCACCACCACCACCACCACAGCAGCGGCGGACAGGGAAUCAGCCUGGACGGCUCGCUCAACCUGGGCACCGACGCCAGCAGCUCGCUGUUCUUCCUGAAGAACGCCGCCGGCCUCGGCCUCAACGACUCGCUGGACCUCAGCAAGAAGAUGGGCCACCAUGACGUGGGCCUGGGCAUGGGCAUGGCGCCCGGGUCCUGCAGCACGCCUGUGUCCAGCGCAGGGCCUCUGGGUCUCGCCAGCGCCGCCGCCGCCGCCUCCGCGGUCGCCCGGGGCCAAGACGACGCCACCGGCACGUCCGGCGAGAACGAGGACGACAUGUCCCCCGAGGAAGAGCCCAUGGCCGAGGAAGAGGAGGACGAGGAAGAGGAGGAGGAGGAGCCAGAGGACGACUUGAACACCGACUCCUACGAAGACUCCAUGCCCGACCCCGACGGCAACGAGAAGGACAACGGCGAGACGUUCGAGGCGUCCACCAAUCACGCCGAGAGCUCGCCGCAGGACAAGGACGAGGCCGACCCGUGAGCCAGCACUGGAAGGGGAAGCGCCGCCGCGACGACUAACUAUGAACAAACGAGAAACAAGAAUGAAAGUGGCCUCAUUUAUCAUGGUUAGCAACAUUGCAGAUGACAAGAAAACAACUACACAAAAAAACGUGAAGGCCCAAAAAUGAUUUAUUAUGAUGUUUACAAGAUGACCAAUAUUAUUAAUUUAAUUAUGCAUUAAGAAAUGAACACAGAACCAGGCAGAUGAGGCCCUCUUUUACACAUGGCUGGCAGUGUAAACCAUUUCCUACACAUCGGUCUUUUUUGUGUGCGUGCAUGUUUGACUAAUUUAUUUCUUUUUUUUCCGUUUUGUUUUUUACUUUUUUGUGUGUGGAAAAAAAUGAGGAAAAAAAAACUAACAAAAACAAAAUCUAACUAUAUAUAUAUAAAUAUAUCUAUAUACUGUAGUUGUGUGUGGACAUUGAUAUACAAUUUUUUGUGAAGCAGUCAUCACAUGAACUGCAGAACCCUUAUACCUAAUAAAAAAGGGAAAAGCGUACAAAAUACUGUACACUGACGGAAAAUGAAUUCAAGAGAAUGUGCUCAAAAUAACUGAUUUCAACUCUUGUUGUUGUUAUUCUAUGAUGACUUAUUUAUCAGUGAAGUUGCAGGGGCCUGCAUGUGCGCUUCUGGCUCCUACAUCUCUCCGUUGAUCCUUUCUGCAGGGUGACAUUUUUUUUGUGCGUUUCUUUAUUUGUUUGUUUGUUCCUGGUUCAUUCACUCACACUCAUAAUGGUCAGUUGUUAUGCUGUAGGUUCCAUUCCAUGUGGACAGUUGACUCCUCGGUCACCUUCAGUCCAAACAGAGACCAGUAACUGCGGCCAGGGAACUCAGACCUCAAAGCCCAAAUCGCGGUGUAUGCAGCUGCCCAAGCACAUUAUGGUUGUACACACAAAAAAAAGACAGACACCAAAAGCUCAUUUUUUCAACAUUCAGAUUUUUGUUUUUGUUCAUUCAGAUUCUGUUAUUAUUUCGUUUGUUUUGUUUGUGUGUUUUUUAAGAUAUUUUCUUGUUGUGUUGUGGACCCUGUUGGCAUUGCAUAUGGUUAGUGCACUUUUAUAGAUGAGAAAAGCUAAACAAAACGCAUAUUCAGAAAAGAAAUAAUGUUUUGUUACCAUUCGCAUUAUUUGCUUUAUUUUCUUUUGUUUUUGGCAGCAUUUUCCAGUUGCACAUGCAUGACCAGUUGAUGCUGCAGUUUUACCUUGCUGAUUUGAUGGGUGUGCAGAGAUGGGGGUUAGCUAGCAGGGGAUGUGAGGGAGAUGGAGAGAGAGAAAGAGAAUACGUCGGUGCUACCUGCCCAGUCAUUGUUAAAGAGGGGGUUACUGGAGGCCUGAUGGUUUUCAGGAUCCGUGUGGACUGAAGUAGCCAUCCACAUGGAGGACCUUUGAGGUCUGAAUGUAGAGGGAGUUAAAGAUGAGAGAUGAGAGACAAAACGUAGCAGGUAUUGUUUCUUUUCUUGUUCCUUUUUUUAUUUUAUUUGAAAAAAAAGAGAUUUUGUAGCACGAGAGGGGAAAAAAAUUAAGCAAACAAGAGGACAUGGUGGAGUUCUUGAAGCUUCCUUUUUUCAGAGGCCUCAUGUGGUUACUUCCAAGUGGACGAGGCUUCGCCACGGGACUAUGUUCUCCUGCGGCCCCAACUGACUAACUUAUCGAGAGACAGCACGUCCAGGGAGACAUGCUAAAGGACACUCUCCUGCGCUGGGCAAUGUGUUUGAAAUGUACAGACAGAAAACAAUGUGUUGAUGACAUUUGUUGUUGUUUUCUCCUUACCAUGGCUGUGGUUAAGCUCCAAUUAUAAUGGUUUUAUUUAAUAUUUAUGUGACCUUGCAAUGGUAAAAAAAAAAACAAUUAGGGUGUUUUUGCACUUUUUAGGUUCAUUUUUACUUCAUGAGAAAAAAUAUGGCAUAUAUCUUUUAACAGGGAAGUUUUUGCUUUAUGAUGUUGUUUUAGCUCACUUUGCGUUGAUGCACAAAUAGUUGUUAGUGUGACAAAGAUCUCCUGUUCUGUGUUUUAUUUAAAGAAAAAAAAAUAAGGACUGAUUUUAUUUGCUUCCGUGAUUGGAUGAAUUCAAUAUGGGAAAAGGCAUGCCAGGACCUGCUUGCCCUAACGAGGAACACUAAUGAGAGCUGUGAUUGAAAUGAAUUCUAGACAGAGAAAAUGAUUACAGUGCUCAGAUUGAACCAAAUUACAACAAAAAUGUUUGUAGCCCAGCCUCAGUUUAAAAUGAAUGACUGUAUAAGAUGAAGAAGAAGAAGAAGAAGAAGAAGAAAAAAAGGGAAAAAUAAAUAAAUAAAUACAAAUUGUGGCAAGGAAAUUAUGAUUAAUUAUUUCUUAAAAAUGACUUUGAAAAAAAUUAUUGGAAUAGAGGUAAUUACAUGUGUAGAUGAAUAUCUUCAAGAUACUGUUUCAAGAGGGGGAAAAGGUUGUAUAGUAUUUUCUUCUGUAAAAAAAACUAUAUAUGAACAAAACGCUCUUUGAUGAAAAGCUUCCUUUAAAAAUAAAAUAAUAAAAAGGAGAAAUAAAGAAAUAAAAAGUCAAAAAUGGAAAAAGUACCAGUAUAGUUUGCUUGUGUGUGUGUGAACUCUUUUUGUAUCAAUACUCCCAAAAAUAGAGCCCUCUGACCAGAAAGCACUGAAGCAGCAACGAGAGUCACUUCAUACUUUAACUGUUUUUCAUCGUUUCCUCAAACCAAUUUAAUGUCACCUACACCAUAGUGAUAUGGAAUCACUGAUGGGUGUUUCUGGUUGCUUUAACACCAUCUUUUAUUUGCUUUCAUUUGUCAUUGUUUUGUGUGUGUUUAUUUUUUUCAAAUUUAUUUAAUUGGAUUAUUUGUUGACAUUUUUCUCUGGCAUGACUCCUUUCGAGGCGUUCUUUUUGCUCUGUCCUUGAGUGCAAGGCAGAGCAUCUUUUUUUGUUUGUUUUGUUUUUCAGAUUCAAACAAAAAAAACUGUUGAAAUGGCUAUUUGGCUGGGAGAUACGUUGUGCACUUGAAUACAAUUUAUGUGUGUAAAAUAGCAGGAUUUGUAAAAAGUCAAAAAAUAAAGAAAA